CAUUUCUUUGAUAGCAAGUAAAUCUGCACAAAAACCUAAUUUAUUAUUUUUUGGGCAGGAACUUGAUCUCAAAAUAGCAAUUAAGUCUUGUCGCCUAGAGCUAAGUACCAAAAACAGAGAACGAUGGUGCCAUGAAAUCCAGAUCAUGAAGAAGUUGGACCAUGCCAAUGUUGUAAAAGCCUGUGAGGUUCCUGAGGAACUGAAUUUUUUGGUUAAUGAUGUGCCUCUUCUAGCAAUGGAAUACUGUUCUGGAGGAGAUCUCCGGAAGCUACUUAACAAACCAGAAAAUUGUUGUGGACUUAAAGAAAGCCAGAUACUUUCUCUACUGAGUGAUAUAGGGUCUGGGAUUCGAUAUUUGCAUGAAAACAAAAUUAUACAUCGAGAUCUAAAACCUGAAAAUAUAGUUCUUCAGGAUGUUGGUGGAAAGAUAAUGCAUAAAAUAAUUGAUCUGGGAUAUGCCAAAGACAUUGAUCAAGGAAGUCUGUGCACAUCUUUUGUGGGAACACUGCAGUAUCUGGCCCCAGAGCUCUUUGAGAAUAAGCCUUACACAGCCACUGUUGAUUAUUGGAGCUUUGGGACCAUGGUGUUUGAAUGCAUUGCUGGAUAUAGGCCUUUUUUGCAUCAUCUGCAGCCAUUUACCUGGCAUGAGAAGAUUAAGAAGAAGGAUCCUAAAUGUAUAUUUGCAUGUGAAGAGAUGACAGGAGAAGUUCGGUUUAGUAGCCAUUUACCUCAACCAAAUAGCCUUUGUAGUUUAAUAGUAGAACCCAUGGAAAACUGGCUACAGUUGAUGCUGAACUGGGAUCCUCAGCAGAGAGGGGGACCUGUUGAUCUUACUUUGAAGCAGCCAAGAUGUUUUGUAUUAAUGGAUCACAUUCUGAAUUUGAAGAUAGUACACAUCCUAAAUAUGACUUCUGCAAAGAUAAUUUCUUUUCUGUUACCACCUGAUGAAAGUCUUCAUUCACUACAAUCUCGUAUUGAGCAUGAAACUGGAAUAAAUACUGGUUCUCAAGAGCUUCUUUCAGAGACGGGAAUUUCUCUGGAUCCUCGAAAACCAGCCUCUCAAUGUGUUCUAGAUGGAGUUAGAGGCUGUGAUAGCUAUAUGGUUUAUUUGUUUGAUAAAAGUAAGACUGUAUAUGAAGGGCCAUUUGCUUCCAGAAGUUUAUCUGAUUGUGUAAAUUAUAUUGUACAGGACAGCAAAAUACAGCUUCCAAUUGUACAGCUGCGUAAAGUAUGGGCUGAAGCAGUGCACUAUGUGUCUGGGCUAAAAGAAGACUACAGCAGGCUCUUUCAGGGACAAAGAGCAGCAAUGUUAAGUCUUCUUAGGUAUAAUGCUAACUUGACAAAAAUGAAGAACACUUUGAUCUCAGCAUCGCAGCAACUGAAAGCUAAAUUGGAGUUUUUUCACAAAAGCAUUCAGCUUGACUUGGAGAGAUAUAGUGAGCAGAUGACUUAUGGAAUAUCUUCAGAAAAAAUGCUAAAAGCAUGGAAAGAAAUGGAAGAAAAGGCCAUCCACUAUGCUGAGGUUGGUGUCAUUGGAUACCUGGAGGAUCAGAUUAUGUCCUUGCACACUGAAAUCAUGGAGCUACAGAAGAGCCCCUAUGGAAGACGCCAGGGUGACUUGAUGGAAUCUCUGGAACAGCGUGCCAUUGAUCUAUAUAAGCAGUUAAAGCACAGACCUUCAGAUCACUUCUACAGCGACAGCACAGAGAUGGUGAAGAUAAUAGUGCAUACCGUGCAGAGUCAGGACCGUGUUCUCAAGGAGCUGUUUGGUCAUCUGAGCAAGUUGUUGGGCUGUAAGCAGAAGAUUAUUGAUCUACUCCCCAAGGUGGAAGUGGCCCUCAGUAACAUCAAGGAAGCUGAUAAUACCGUCAUGUUUAUGCAGGGAAAGAGGCAGAAAGAAAUAUGGCAUCUUCUUAAAAUUGCCUGUACACAGAGUUCUGCCAGGUCCCUUGUAGGAUCCAGUCUAGAAGGUGCAGUAACCCCUCAGGCAUCAGCAUGGCUGCCCCCGACUUCAGAACGUGAACAUCCUCUGUCAUGCGUGGUAACUCUUCAAGAUGGGUGGGUUCACUUUGUAACAAUAGAGAGUUGUGUUUUCAGAGCAGUGGUGGGAAUGAAGCAGUAAAGCAUACGGUUAAGGUACUCUUCAGUGCCUUCAGACCAGGGUUGAGUCUUGACUGUCUCUUUGUAAUCUUGGGCAGCUUAACUUGAUUUUUAAUGUUCCUAUUUCCUCACCUGUAAAAUGGGAUUGUCUCAAAUAACUAUUGUGAAAAUUCAAUUAGACAAUGUAUAUAAAGUGCAUGGGAAGUAAAUAUUCAGCAAAUGUUGCUUAUUAUUAGUAGCUCAAUCCAAGUUCUAAGUCCUUUCUGUUAUUCGCUUAUCAGUUUCUUUUACUGAAAUCUUAUUCCUCUCUUAAUGAUUUAUCUCUGUGAGAAAUUAUGCUAUCUUUUUGCAUUUACCAUUUUGGGGUCCUUGAUUAUCCUUCUAAUAAAUUGUUGAUCUACUCUAUUUUAUAACUUAGCAUUUCUAAAAUCACUUUUUUCAGUGCCUUACAUCAAUUUUGCAAGUAAGAACUCAACUUUGAAGCCCUAUUUUCUUUUAUUAAUUCCUACUCUUCUGCUAAAAGCUGAAUGACUAUCCAUUUCUGUU